AUGACGGUGACAGUCGAGCGCGAAGGCGACGCAGUCGCUGCGGAGAGUUCGCGCGAAGCCUCCGCGCGGAAUCCCCUGACUGCGAGCUGCAAUGAUGCUUCUUCCUCCUCCUCUGCAGACGCGUGCGCGGCGCCUGGCGCAGCGGAGAGCGCUUUGGUGAAACCCAAAAAGGCCGCGUAUCGGCAGCGUGCGCACUGCAAUCCUCUAGCCGACUCGUACAUUGUCUAUCCGCGCAGCCCUGACUUCGUAGACUGGUCUAUGCACUUCCCCGCCUUCUUCCCCGAGGCCCCCGGUCCGCGCGAUCUAGCUCUCAACACGGAACAGUACCCCAUUCGCUACCCUUCUCUCCAACCGCCACACCUCAACGGCUCGGUCGGUCGCCGUGUGGAGUUCCUAGACGUGGGCUGCGGCUUCGGAGGCUUGCUAGUUUCUCUCGCGCCGAAGUUUCCCGAGACGCUGAUUAUGGGGAUGGAGAUUCGCGAAAAGGUCACGAACUACGUGGGAGAGCGAAUUGUCGCGCUGCGCAAAGAGCAUGCAGCCGCCGGUCUGUACGGAAAUGUCUCGAUUAUUCGCACGAACGUCAUGAAGUUUCUCGUUAACUACUUCCGCAAAGGCCAGCUCACCAAGAUGUUUUUUUGCUUUCCCGAUCCGCACUUCAAGCGAAGCAACUGGCGCCGUCGCAUCAUCAACGCUCCAGUCCUGUCCCUGUACGCUUACGUUCUUCAGCCUGGCGGGCUACUCUACACAGUCACAGACGUCGAGGACCUCCAUCGGUGGAUGCGGAAGUCGUGCUUGCUGCAUCCGCUCUUUGAGGAAGUUCCGCUGACUGACCUGAAAGACGACCCGUGCAUCGCCGCAAUUGAAAGCGACACAGAGGAAGGCAUGAAGGUCAAACGGAUGGGGCAGCCUUGCUACACGUGCGUGUUUCGCCGGCUCCCCGACAGGCCUCUCGAGUGA